CAAUUUUGACAUCAAACAAUUUGAUUGACAGAGAAUCGUCGGCGUACUUGGCUUGUGAUAUUUUCAAAACGAUUUUCUCAAUUUAAGUGUAUCACAAAAAAGUAAUUCACAUCAACAUAUAAAUUAGUCAGUUCCUAUAAAAAUAUCAAAAUGAGUUUCGGCCUGCCUCCGUUGAAAGUAAAGCCUGAACAUGUCAGCAAUAUCCAGCCCCAGGAAGGCCCAUUUGGAGUGCCCAAUCCUCUGGUGGCCGGUUUGGCUGCUACGAAGUCCAAACUUGGCAUGUCACACCCGAUAGAAAUCUCCGAGAAAAAUUAUCACUUAAAUCAGGAAAAGAUGAACAUGGCUAUGCUCCGUAACAUCCAGGGUCUGCAUGCACCACUCAAACUAACCAUGGAAAUGAAGUUCACCAACAAAGUGGGCCACCUUCCAUUCCUCCAGCGUUCAAACUUCCAACAUGAUGUGCUGACAGGCAAGCACUUGGAUAUUGGAUUUGAGGAUAUUCUGAACACUCCAGAGUUAUGUGAAGUGGCUGGCCAGCCCCAUGCCGUUGUGGAGAGAUCUCUCGGAAUUCUGUGAGCUAGUUAGUUUAGGUUUCUCUGUAUUGUACUGCUGAUUUUAAUAAAAACUCAU